AUGAGCAAGGGCGCAGAGAUGGCCCUGGCAGAGACCGCCGCCGACCGACUGGGUUGCGCGAUCCGGCGUUUGCGCGCCGUGGAGGAAGGACGAUGGACAGCAGUGCAGCGCGCGGCGACGGAGUUCCCAGGCCUACCCGAUCUCCACCUCCUGGAGGCUGACGCGCCGAGGCUCGCCACAGAGGUGGUCGCAGCCAGGCGGGAGUCUGUCGCGGACAAGAUCAGACGGGUGAAACCUGGUUCAGGCACGAAAUUGCGCGCUCUGCGAGAGGGCGACGGUGGAGUCGCCGCGGAGCCUGGCGAGAUCGCAGAGGAGCUUGCGCGCCAUUGGCGAGGGUUUUUCACGGCGAGGGAGGUGGGCCACGAGAGGUUGGCGGCGCGGCUGCAGGAGAGCGUGGUUCAAGGCGCCGCCGCGCUGCCGACGCGGCCCGCGAGCUGGCGAGUGCGGAGGCAGGACGUGGAAGCAGCGCUGGAGCAGGCCCGGCCCACGGCACCGGGCCAAGAUUGUAUCAGUGCCGUCUUUUGGAAGCGCUUGGGCAAGCUCGUUGUGGACGUGCUCCACGAGACCGGCGCAGAGACCGCCGGGCACGCGUUCAACCUCGGGCUUCUGCGUUGCAUUCCAAAGGAAGCUGCGGAAAUCGACCCAGUGAUUGGACAGGUGUUCACGGCAGACGGCAUGCGCCCAUUGUCUUUGGUCGACGUCGCCUACAGAAUCAUGGCGGGGGCGUGCAAAAGCAGGUGGGAGGAUCCGCUUGGCCCAUGGGUGUCCUCUAACCAGAGAGGCUUCUUCCCCGGCCGCUCCACGCCGGCAAACGCGGUGGAGCUGGAGCACCGCGCCAUGCUCGCAGCACUGCAGAAGCCGCGCGGGAUGCUGCUGCUGAUAGACUUCAAGGUGGCCUUCCCAAGCGUGUCUCGCCGGUACCCCUGGCGAUGCCUGGAAGAUUGUGGAAUGCCGACCGAGGCGCUCUGGGUCUUAGGCGCCUUGUGCGACAACGGGCGCUGCGCCAUGUCCGUGGGCGGCCGCCGUUGCCCUGGGUCCAACAUGAGCUCGGGCAUCCGCCGAGGCUGCCCGCUGCCGCCGCUGGUUUUCGCGACUGCGAUGGAUUUUCUGCUGCGCGUUCUAGCCCCGCGUCUGGGCCCCGACGUGGCGAUCCGCGCUUUUGCCGACGACGUGGGUAUCGUUCUCACAGACGCGGAGAAGCAGCUUCCAGUACUUGAGCAAUCUCUGCGCGAAUUUGGAAAUCUCUCCGGCAUGUCGAUAAACUUGCCAAAGACGGUGGGCAUCCCGCUGUGGGGGGAUUCGCUGGAGUCCGCAGCAGUAGCAGUGGCAGGCGCGUGCCCGGCUUGGGGGCGGCUUCCGCUGAAGCGGGCGGCGAUUUACUUGGGCUGCGCGGUCGGGCCAGGCAAGGAGGACCUUUCUUUGGAGACUCUGGAACUCUGCGGCGCGGAAGUUCCGCGAAAGGGGCCCGGCAACUGGGCGACGCAGGAUGAUCUGUGGGGCCCAAGGGAGCAUUACGGCAUGCCGCGUUCCUUCGGUUCCGUGGCGGCGAUGGCGCGCGCCUGCCAGAUGAGGGCCCUUUGCUUGGAGAGCUCCACCCGCGGUGGAUUGCAGAUCGACGGCAAGGGUCUGCAGCUCCAGGCGGAGUGGUUGCUGUCACGCUGGCUGGGCGUGUACGAUCUCCAGCUCCAGGAGAACACCUUGGUGCUCGGAGCGCUUGGCGCCUAUGUUGUAUACCGCGCCUCCAACGUGGCCCGGGCCCACAGCGGGAUGCCAGCUGAAGUUGCUUCACGAGCUUUGCAGCAGGCGCUGAGGGAGGCCGCGGCCGGACACCGCGGCGCAGAACGGACGCUGGCGGAGCUGUGGGCAUAA